UGUGCGGUGUUGGAUAUAAGACCUUACGAAGCGCACCUACUUAAAUGGCAAGAAAAUCCACAAGUGCAUUGCUGCAGUGAGUGCUUUUAUGAAGUCUUCUUCACGUCACUGUCGCUGCACGACAACAAGAAGAUGAGUUCUGAUGUAUCCCGGCAACUGACGGAAGCUGAAGAAAACGUUCUCGUCAAAGGGCUUAAUUUCAACUUCAAAGACGCGACAAACCUGGAGUAUUUAGCCAGCCUGGAAGCAGCAAUGAAAUCCAUUGGACUCGACGAGAACGCACAGCAGCUACUUCGUCAAACUGUCGUCCCAGCCAUCGCACGCAACAAACCACUCAACGUGCUUUCCGGCAAAGAAAAAGAAGCAAUGAACAAGUUGAAGAAGGAUGAAAACAUUGUGAUUCUACCGGCAGACAAGGGACGCCUAACGGUGAUCAUGGACAAACCGGACUACAUCAAUAAAGCAAAGGCACUAGUUAACGACACAACUACGUACCGCCGCUUAGAACGCGACCAAAGCAAGCAGCUAGCAAGCAAAAUCAAUAAGAACUUGAAGCAACUCCAAGAUCUCCACAAGAUUACAAAAGAGGAAUAUUGGAGAAUGAGAGCUCGUGAUUCGGCCAUUCCUCGCUUCUACGGACUCCCAAAGGUACACAAAGAAUCAAUACCUCUCCGGCCAAUUGUAUCACUUCCUGGAACAGCGACCUGCAAUCUUUCGAAGGAACUAUGGAAAAGAUUGAAGCAUCUCAUCAGUGGGUCUCAACACUCAAUCAACAAUGCGGGACAAUUUUUGGAGAAACUAAAACACGUAAGCAUCGAUCAGGACGAAAUAAUGGUCUCAUUUGAUGUGAGCUCACUAUUCACGUCUGUGGACCUGGAUUCGGCUAAGACAACUGUGGCCGAAUUAUUGGACAACAACGGCACGCCAACUGGAUCACUGGAGAAAGAAGACCUCUGCAGAUUACUCGACUUAUGCCUGAUCACACAUUUCGAGUUCAACGGAGAAUAUUAUGAACAACUACGAGGGGCACCAAUGGGAUCGCCAAUUUCAGAAUUCAUUGCCGAAGUCACAAUGCAAAAGUUGGAACAAAUUGGGUUGCCCGAUAUAAAUCCCAAAAUAUGGAUCCGUUACGUGGACGAUACAUUUGUGAUCAUCAAAAGGAGCGAACUGCAACGAGUGAGCCAACUGUUAAACAACGUUUUCGACGACAUCAAAUUCACAACCGAGGAAGAAAACAACGGAAAACUGGCGUUCCUGGACAUCCUCAUCACUAGAUUGCCGAACGGACAACUACAAACUGAGGUCUUUAGAAAGGCGACACAUACGGACCAAAUCCUCAGCUACCACAGCAACCAUCCAAAUUGCCACAAACGAAGCUGCAUUCGGACACUUUUCAAGCGGAUCGAGACACACUGCAGUACAACAGAAUCCAAGAUCAAAGAAGAAAAGCGCCUAUACAAAUUGUUUCAGAAAAAUGGAUACCCGAGGAAUUUCAUCUGGAGAACACUCAGGAAGCCAAAUACGAUCGAUGCAACAGGACAAACUGCAAGCAAACGUGUCACACUUCCGUACAUCAAGAACACCGCUGAAAUGACGGCAAGGCUCCUACGACAGCACAAUACAAUGGUCGCCUACAAGCCUGCGAAUACUCUGCGGAGGACACUAUCAAGACCAAAGGGGAAGUUAGAUCCAAUGGCGAAGAACAAUGUCAUAUACAGGAUCCAAUGCAAGGACUGCGACAAACGUCCCUCCACUUCCCAACCCCUGUAUCAGAUUCCAGCCCUGAGGCCCAGUUCAAUGCAAAAAACUUCAUGUGAUUGGCGUCGAAAGUCAGUUAGACGGUCUGGACAAGUGAGUCAUUGCACAAUCGAUUGUUCAACUGGCCCGAAAUCACAUUCUCCUGAGCGCCAACUCUCUCAACGAGUCGAAAAAGAUAUCGAAUGGAGACCAACAAGGCGUCGUGUGGUGCCGAACGGGGACCAAGCGACGGACCUCAAUGACCCAAAUGAAUGCAAUCCCGUUCAUUUACAGGAAGCGAUUAAACAGGACCUAGUCGACCUGCUCCGAUCACAAAUCGCAUGCCUUCUAGAGGAAAAUGAGAAAAUCCUGGUCACACUGGAUGACUAUCGACAGCGUUUUUUUAAUCUCCAAAGAGAGCAAAAGGAAUCCGCCCCAGACCCGACCGCUGAACAUUUGGCUCUACAAACAGAACUCGGAGAUGCGCGGCUUCGAGAAGCUGAACUUACAGUUGCGUUUGGCGAAUUGCAGGAACGUGUGGCCGAAAUCGAUCGGAUAAUCGAGACAGAUCCGGAAAUGCUCGCAUUCUUCAAUGCUGUCACCAUAUCCACUACCACGCUGUCUAAACAGAAGCCUCUACAGAGAACAAUGACUGCCAAUCCUGGAUCACCCAGUCUACAACAAAAGCGAAUGCAUAGGGCUGAUAGAGGUGGUAGCUUUUCAAGUCAAAAACAGUGCGCUUAUAUAAAUGAUCGACGCACGAUCAGCAGGUAUACUACGAGCCCGGGGAGAGCUAGACGAAGUCGAGUGACGGGGGACAGUUACAAUAACACCACAGAUUUGGACGCGGAGCCAACCCAUCGAUCUGGUUUAGAGUCACCACAGAGUGACAGCGGGUGCAGUUUGAAUAGCCACACGGCAUCAGACUUGACGGAACAUGCAAACAGUUAUGAAGAUGGGGUGUCACACGUGAAACAAAGACCCCGGCCAUAUGAUACUCACCAUAAAGAACACUUUGCAGAAGGUGAUACAUCUGAACAAGGCUAUGAGGAGGAUCGCUGUUUCAAGAGUAAUCGACCUGAAGGUUUUGUCUCUUUAUUAAGACGCAGUAGAAGUAGUGUGGCUGAGCAUCCUUACGCUUCGGGUUUUCAUAGCGAAACGCAUUCACCUUCAUCGCAAGCAGACGAUCACUUCACAUUCAACUACAGGCACACAGAUAACACCCCUACUCCUACAGACGGUGGCCACACACCACUGUCCCCGGAUGAGCCACUGUCCACAAGAAGCGAACCAAGGGGAACUGUCUCGAGUAACACACAACACGGAUUGGACCGAUUCAACAAGCUCCGAGCGUCAUUCAAACAAUCGUUUGGUUUGGGAUCAGCAAAGCCUGAUUUUCGGAUGGAGGCUUUUGCUGCAAGGCAGGGAGAGGCCCGAGCACUGCUCAGUUUGAGGGAGACAAGAAUGGAGCUACUUCGAGUUCAGUCUCGAUGUCAGACACUGCAGCGACAUAUGGAACGACUGGAAGCUAUCAACACAUCUCGUAUGGAGGAACUCGAGGCGGCAGUUAGUGUGGAGCGGGAUCUUCGACAGGAAAUUCGUGGACUACAGCGACGGAUUUUCGAAUUGGAGGCCGAACAUCGAGAGUUCCGUGUGAAUCAACGCAUCAAAGAAAUGGAACUGAUGAGCAAACUGGCGGAGGCCAACCUUCAGCUGUCACAUGUUGAACUGACCAAUCAACAGGCAGUAGUGUGGACUGAACUGAAUAAAGCUCAUGACGCGGCAUCCGACCUUAUGACACACACGCGCGUGUCACAACAGUCAGUUGCUAGCUCGCCGAUAGAUCCGAUCGGUUCGCAAUCAUCUGAGGACAAUGUCAGGGUGACUGUCGAAAGGAGUAUACACGAGCGAGGCAACCAAGCAGGACAACAAACCUCAGCCGCACCUGUGAAAUUGCGCCCGUCUGUGGAACAUUCUCUUACACGACUGGACAGUGGAAAGCGUCGGAAUGAGAAUACCAUAGAGCGCGACCAAAACAAUUCAUGCCAGGAUCUGUUCCAAGACAAAUCGUCUAAGUUGAAUCAAAGUGGUCCUCAAACUCCAUUUGCUGACAAAUUUCAAGGUCAUCGUGAUACAGACCACUCACUUGGUUCAUUAUCAGAGCUGAGACUUCAACCUGACCAAUCGUUGAUGGGCAGAACCGGUUGGCGGUGACAUGCACGUUGGCUUCAACAGGCCACAGGCUUCAGUCUAUGACGACAUAUCAGAAUAUGUUGCUUUAAUAAGUCAACCGAAAUUUCCACACCACCUCCAAUCUGUUACCCUGUUGCGAUACUUGGCGAAGGCUUGUAGAUGUUAUCUCGAUUCCGUCAUUUUCACUCAACUCGCUUUUUGCUCACAUGCAGUGGUCCGGUAAAUGGCUGUGCAAUGUGUACACAUAAAACCACAUUCUCCAAGAAUACCAACCAGAAACAAACAGUCACAGAUAUUCUUUCUUCACUUUGAUGUCCAAUUUGGCUGUCACAUUCUCUCUUGCUUGAAUAUAAAGAUUUCAUAGCUAUGCGUAG